AGUCCUCUACUGGACCAGGCCAAGCUGACAUACUUCAAUAUGUUGUUUCUCUCUUUUACCCAUUAUUGCAAGUUGUGUGAGAAUGGAAAUUUAGUGCAAGUGGGUCUUGAAUUUGAUUGGAAAACAGUAUUUCCAUUUGAUUGGAAGCGCGGGCCUGGUGCAGCGGUAGAGCCUACCGUCCGUAACCGGAAGGUCCCGGGUUCGAGCCCCAGCCUCUACACAUUUGUACGGGUAAGACUUGGCACUAUUACAACCCUUCCUCAGACCCCGCACAGUUUGGGAAGCCUAGCACUGAGACCAGGCCAAGCUGGCGCGGCAACGCCGCGCCCAAUGUUUUUCUAGUAUCGUUACGAAUCAAUUGUCCGAUAUCAGCAACCCCAAAGACAGUGACUCGCACGUCCCAUCCAUUUAAUCUCUCUGAUCGAAGCUAAACAGAAUCUUUGCCAGGGUAACCUCCACAAUGAAGGAAAUGUGAUUUCUUGGUUCUUGCAAAUAUCAACUAUUUGAUGCUCUUGUCUGCACUGCUUGACCUUGACAUCUAUAUAUUGGCAUUUUACACUCUAGUAGCUACGUAGCGUAGACAUUAGACCACAUCAAAAAGGAUAGUGUCUUGAUUCCUCCACCCUUAAUGACUUUUAGUAUGUUUUCGCAAUACGGAUUCAACCUUUCUGAGUCGCAGCAAAUAGCUGGAAUUUCCUGCCUGGAAAGCAGAGUGUCUGGAACACAUGACAUUCCUUCAGCAUCUUGCAUAGCACAUCUUUAUUGAUUGAAUGAUGUGAAAUGUGAUGUAUUCUGUUUCAGCUUGGGCUGCACUCUGAGCACCAUUGUUUCAUCCCAACAUGGAGCCAUCAGUUAUCACAAUGUUAUUUGAGAUCACUAAGUUUACAAUAGAGGCUCAAGUUGGAAAUGUCAUGAGUUCCUCUUUUAUUUGGAUGCUGAACUUGUCAUACUCAUGGAUAUAUGCACCACAUAUAGUUCCUGUGAACAGAACAUAAUAGGAAGUAAUUGCUCAAUGAUAAAUAUUAUAUUCUAUUCUAUUCUAUCUUCUGCUGGUGCAAUGCACCCAGAAGCAGUACUGUUGCUCUUGCCAAGUUGUGCUAUCCACAUACCUACCCACGAAGCUACAUGAUCACUCAUUUGUCACGUUCCACCUACUACCAGUUUGAAUAUUUUUACUAUAGUUUUGUUUUUUUCCCUUUUCUGGUGAGAAACUGAGAAUACAAUGCUAUGGUUAUCAGUUAACACUGUUGAAAAUUUAGGGUUCUUUGAAAAAAAAUUGUUCAGGCUUUACUACGAGAGUCAGUUUAUAUAGACUUAUAGUUGAUUCGCAUCGCAAAGAAAAGGGUUAUAGUUGACUCAAAGGUUACAAUAUUUUGAGUCAUUGAGUGUAUAUCUCCCGGGCCCAUAAAUUGUUAGCCUGAAACUUUCGGCAUUUUCCUCCUAUCACCCACAGAUUAUGAUGGUCCAUCUCUCAACCUCAAAACCACCAGCUGAAAAUCCUUCGUUUCUUUUAGGCAUAAUUGCCAAAAAAGCCCCUUGAACUUUGCUCCAAUGAUAAUUUUGGUCCAUAAACUAUCAAACAGGCCAAAGUCCCUCAAGUUUCUAUUUUGGAUUAAAAUGGUCUCUAAGUUGACUUGGCAUACCAUGUGCUCUUGCCAUGUCAGCAAGGGCAUGAUUUAAGUAAGUCAGCAUGAUAAAGUAGUAGAUUUUUCCCCUUUGAUUCACCAUACCUAUUAUAAUGGUUGUGUACUAGGUAUUAUUUAUUAUUAGACAUAAGAUUUUGUGGUGACUCAUUAACAUAUAUAGGUUUCUUGUAAACUAUCAACUCCACAUAAAGUAUUAUUUAUAAUUGGAUGGAGCAAGCAUUAAAUGAGACACUAUAACAUAUUGACUCGAUCAUCGAAGGACAACUAAAACUGACAUGGCAUGAAUAUAUGGCAUGCCACAUCACCCCAAGGACCAUUUUGAUCCAUUGUGAAAAGUUGAAGGACAUAGGUGAACUAUUUGUUACUUCAGGGACCAAAGUGACCUUUGGACUAAAUUUAAGGGAUGUAUCUGGCUAUUUCACAUUUGCUUUUAUCUAAGAUUGAUCACAGGAUAAAUUCUGCACUAUGCUGACUAUAACAUUACUUUGCAUUUCUUAUCUUCGUCUUUUCCAAAAACAACUUUUCAGAAGUCCUAGAAUGAAAACAAAAUGGAAGAACAACAUGGGCAUUAAGAAAACUAAUAACAAAAAAGUGCAAAUAUUACAUGAAUAAAUAAUGGUACGAAAUAGUAAGUGGAGAAGAUGUUACUUCAGAAUUUCUGGAGAGAUCGAGCCAUGCAAUAAAGAGCAUGCAUAAUUCCCCCAUUUACUUCCAAAGGCAUAAUUCCUCGGAUAAUAGCGGCCACACAUUCAGCUCUUGCAUUUUGGAAGUUGACUUCUGUUGAGCCUUGAUGUCGACUUCUUCUUACAGUGAGUAUUCUUUACCUUUUAAAUCUAUUCAGUGAUCUGGCCUUAGUGGGAGCUGAAUAUGGAAACUGUACCUAACUGCAUAUGCAAUCAGAAACUUGCUUGCAAAGAAACUGCACUCACAAUUAUUCCCUCUGGAAGUUGUGCAUAAUUGUGUUAAGCCUGCUAAUAUGUAAAUCAAUAUUAAGCAUGAAGUAGAAAACAUUUAAAGGAUUUACAGUACUCCUAUUUUCAUAUCUUCCCUAAAUGUAUGCUUUUAGGUUUUGAGUAACGACAAAUCUGAUAUUUUGUCCAUGUUCCCUUUUUGAGGACCUUUUUUUCUGACUUUAUAUAAAAUCACUUUUCAUAGGAACAUGUGCAACAUGGAGGAGAACAAUAUGCAUAGGGAGGAAUAUGCAGGCUUCUAGUACUAGGGCAUAACACAAUGAUGCCUUUAAUUUCCAGUGUGAAAAAGGCUAGAUCAGGUGGCUGGUGAACCUGUCUCAUGAAGUAGCUUCAUCUAGCUCGAUGUAAACUCAAACCUCUGAUGCUAUUGUAGGGACAAAAAUCACACAUAGCUCACGUAUUUUGGCUUGAGCUGUCUCCCAUAUUGCCCAUCUCAAUCAUUAGAAAAUGAAAAGGGGCAUGGAACAUGAUUCCUACUGUAUGUAGUGGGGCUGGCACACAUAAAAAACAAAGAUCCGACCAUUUUUGUUUCGUCAUUUUUUUUCUACUGGGUUAUCAAUUUUCCAUGGAAAAAAGUUAACCAAAAUUUUCACAGAUAUCAGUUUACAGUUAUCCUUUUUCUUUUGUAAUCACAUCUCAAAUUUGCAUUGUGAAGAAAGAAUCAGCUGCUCUCCAUUUCCUAAAGCGACAGGAAUAUUUGCAAAGGUUAACACCUUUCCCGCAAGAAAAACCUAGAGUAGAACAGAAAAUACAUCAAGAGGGAUGUCUUGUUGAGUUGAGUAAUAUUUCUUCACAGUGCCAAUUGCUUUAAACAAUAUCAAGUUUGGCCGGAAGAAUGAUAUUAGGUUUGAGAGUUUUCCUCGUCUGAAAAAAGUUAACUUUUUGCAAUAUUUACCUAUUGAGAGUUAGAAAGAAUCAGAAGGUGUGCAUAACAUCUUUGUUACAAAACCUUGGAGUAAAUUUGAGAGAAUAAUUUUACAGUUAUUUUCAUUGUAUUAAAAGAAAUUCAUGUUAAGCUCUUAUUGUGGGGUACUUCUGUUAGUACAUGUACCAUCAUGAAAGGUGUAACCACGUAUAUGUUGCAAGUGGACUUGCAUUUCAGCUUGAUUUGGUUCCCAUAUCCAUGCUGAUUCGGCACUGAAACAUGAUAGAUAUGUCUUGCUAUAUAAUCAUCCCUUUUUUAGCUCUGUACUGUAUCCUGAUGGUACAUCAAUUACUAGUUACAUUAUAAAAUUCUUUCAAUAUUGUUUUCCACGUGAAAUUCUGCCACCAAAUGAUUUUCUGUAGGUCUGUGGGCGGGUAAUGUCUCCAGAAAAGAACUUUUGCAGUUUCAUCUAACAGAACUGUAGCAGUGAUGUCAAAAGAAAAGCUUCAUGACUAGAAAAUAAGUUAACUUGUGUUUAUUCCUUUCAAAUUUGUUUUGAGAUUGUCACAUAAGGAACUGCGUGGAUUUGUGUGCAAAGGCAGUGCACAUUAAUAACCCAUGCAGCAGAGAAAUGUUUGGUGGCUGCAAAAUAGAGAAAAGGGAGAAGAGAACAUUUAUAUAUAAGGUUCCUUCUCCACUGCCAAAGAUGCAUCUAAGUAACCUGUGUGCCAAAUGCAUUUUCAUGAAAUGACCAAGUGCCACUGCCACACUCACUGUAUAUCUCUGCGUGCAGGGAUUCUUCACUCUAGAGCCAAAGCCUUUAAUCUUUUUAUCCUCCAGAUUCUCCUCUAUGACAGCUUGCAGUGAGCAAGGUAUGAAAACCCGCAGAUUCAAGGAAUUUUUCAACAUAUAUUCCCCUCUACAGACUUUUGCUAUAAAUAUAGGCCAUCUGGGGAUGUGCAUUUCACAGUUCUAAACCUUCAUAGCUUACAAGGAGUACCAGAGCUCAGAAGCAUCAGUAUUCAGCACAUAGUGCAACUAUUGUAGAACACACAAUGAGCUAUUACGGCAGCAGCUCUUCUGGUGGACGAAGCAGUAGGAGAGUCGACUACGGGAGGACAUAUGUGGUGAGGCCAAAGGGAAGGCACCUAGCCACCAUUGUGUGGCUCCAUGGCCUAGGUGACAAUGGAGCAAGCUGGUCCCAGCUCCUGGAUUCUCUUCCUCUGCCAAAUAUCAAGUGGAUAUGUCCCACAGCAGCAACCCGUCCUGUCGCUGCUUUUGGUGGAUUCCCUUGCACUGCAUGGUUUGAUGUUGAGGACACAUCAAUAGAUGGCAGAGAUGACAUUGAGGGACUGGAUGCUUCAGCUGCACACAUUGCAAACUUGCUGUCAUCUGAGCCAUCUGAUGUGAAGCUUGGGAUUGGUGGUUUCAGCAUGGGCGCCACCAUUGCCCUCCAUUCCGUAGCAUGCUAUGCUCAUGGAAAAUUCACAAACGGCAUUCCCUAUCCAAUCACACUCAAUGCAGUCAUCAGUUUGAGUGGCUGGCUCCCUUGCUCAAGGACCCUGAGGAGCAAGAUGGAGAGCUCACACAUUGCUGCAAGAAGAGCUGCCUCCUUGCCCAUCCUGCUUUGUCAUGGAAGAGCGGAUGAGGUUGUCACCUACAGGAAUGGCGAAAGAUCAGCUGAGAUUCUGAGGUCCUCAGGAUUCGCAUAUCUGAGUUUCAAGCCCUACAAUGGGUUGGGCCACUAUACCAUCCCUGAAGAAAUGGAUGAUUUCUGGAAGUGGCUCAGCUCAACACUUGGCCUCAACCGAUCUCGCUAAAAGAAGCGCAAUGGCUUUGGUAAUAGCACAUAUUUGAGAGUGUUUGACAAAACAGAGGGAGGCUCAGUUUGAUAGCUUGUAAUACUUCAUACUCUUACUCUCCAGUGUUCUCUUCCAUGUGGCUUUUGUUGUCAUAGUCCUAAUUUAGUGGUAUGCUUUGCCGUAUGACUGGCAAGGAUUGACUAUAUGUAAUCUAGUGCUUGUCUGAUCUUGAUGAUAAUAAAAAGGGAAUGCCGUUGAAGUUUCACUGACA